AUCCAAUAGGCCGGAGCUGGGAGUCGCUUCUCUACGUCGACACACAAAUAUCAGGACGACUUAGGCGCAAUAACAUUGUGGAGGGCGGACUGCAAGAAGCGGACGUAAUAUACCAGCAUUGAGCGGACCAUAGCCGAUGGCGCAGGCGGCGCUUCACAAUGGCAACCCGACGUUCACCACAUCCUACGUCUCUACGGCGCAAGAGACGUCGAGUUUCGACGCAGAAGGUCACAUAGGCAGCAUACACUGGCGACUGGAGCAUGCGCCCAAUAGCCAUGGCGGAGAUGGUGUGGCAGAAGAUCCGUGGUGGACCGAGCCAGGAGCAUCCCGGAUACAGCAGCUUGGAUCUACAGGCAAAGGCAUCCUUAUUGGAAUGCUAUCUGCCUUCGGAUCUGCUGCGCUGGUCGCGAUUGUGAUAGCCAUAAUCUACUUCUUCCGGUAUACUAUGCGAGGCCGCAUUCUCUUGGACCGUAUGAGCAGGCCUGGCGAGUUCGACGAUGAGCAACAGUUCCUGCGGGAAGAGGAGGAGGCGUUGGCGGAGAUGGACGACUUGCAGCGGGCUGAGUAUCACAGGGCGAAAGCAUUCGUCCAAGCAAACCCACCCGAGUCUGCACAGACGGAUAUUUCACUAUCACAGUUUCUUGCUAUACAAGAAAAGGGCGUCUCCGCGUGGGAGUUUGAGCCGGAAUUGGAGAUUGCUAACUGCUUUGUCGAGGCACGGACGGAGAUUGAGUUCUUCGACGCAGAGUGCAGCGUCCAGAGUAACCUGCCAAUACCGAAACAGAAUGAAGUUUACUACUGGGAAGCGAAGCUGUACGAUAAGCCGGAUGCGACGAUUGUUAACAUUGGAGUGACGACAAAACCAUAUCCGCUGUUCAGGCUACCCGGUUUGCACCGGACAUCAAUCGCAUACACCUCGACCGGCCACCGUCGCUUUAACCAGCCGUUUGCACCGACCACUUACGGCCCACCGUUCGUGCAAGGCGAUGUCAUUGGGGUAGGAUAUAGGCCCCGGACUGGCACUGUGUUCUUCACGCGCAAUGGCAAGAAGCUGGACGAUGUCGCUCAUGGCCUUAAGUUGCAGAACUUCUUUCCCACAGUUGGAGCAAACGGACCAGCCAAUGUUCACGUCAACUUCGGACAGAUGGGCUUUGUCUUCAUCGAAGCGAAUGUCAAAAAAUGGGGUCUGGCACCCAUGACUGGAAGCUUGGCGCCGCCUCCACCAUAUGGCAGUGAGGCUGGCAGCAUACUGUUGGAGGGCGGCCGAGAAGGCGUUCGUGAAGGGCAAGGCUACAUAGGCGGUCAUGGCCGGACGAACAGUGCGCAGGUGCGGUUACAGGGCCGGCCAACGCGGAGUCCAGGCCCUGAACGAUCGCCCACAGAUAUUUCGCUAGCGCAGCUGAAUCUGAUGGAUCCGACUCCCGAGGAGGAAGAUAUUGGAGAAGGCACAAGCGCUGAUGCUUCUUCUGAAGAAUCGCCGCAAGAACCGCAGCGUAUUGAUCCUGGCUUACCAUUCGAGCCACACGACCACCCACCACCAGAGUACGAGAGUCCGGAGGAGGUUGAUGAUGAUGGCUCGGAUGACACGCCACGAGCAUCCGAGCAGAAUGAGCGGCAGCCUCUUCUGGCAUCCGAUGGGGAGCGGAGUCCGCCGAUACCGACUUACGAAGCCGCUACCAGCGAUGCGGAUUCCAGACGAGGGAGAAGUUCGACUCGCUCGGGAUCUUGAGGCGAGCAGGCUGGUAGCGCGGUAUAGUGUAGGCUUAGCAUUUGGCGUUGGCGUUGCUCCCAGGCGUAGAGCCGGGCUUGGUAGCGAAGCUAUACCUGCAGCGCUCAAGGCGUGGCACGGACGUUGACGAUGUACAUGAGCACUAUAUGAUAGGCACAGCUAUCUACUCUUACGGACGCACAGUUACUCACUAGAUGUUGGCCG